AUGGAACGAUUCAGAAAUUUGCUCGGUGGUGGCAUAGGCGCCCUUGGAGCCGCCCACGGCACGGACAACACAAACCUCAUUGACAACUCUGAGACGGUUUACAUUUCAUCACUGGCGCUAUUGAAGAUGCUGCGACACGGCCGCGCCGGUGUUCCUAUGGAAGUGAUGGGGCUCAUGCUGGGGGAGUUCGUGGACGACUUCACAGUCAAGGUGAUGGACGUGUUUGCCAUGCCUCAGAGCGGGACAGGUGUCAGUGUCGAGGCCGUCGAUCCCGUUUUCCAGACUAAGAUGAUGGACAUGUUGAGGCAAACAGGAAGACCCGAGUCAGUCGUUGGCUGGUACCACUCACAUCCUGGGUUCGGAUGCUGGUUGUCAUCGGUUGAUAUCAACACCCAGCAAUCCUUUGAGCAGCUGAACCCUCGAGCCGUGGCCGUCGUCGUCGACCCCAUUCAGUCCGUCAAGGGCAAGGUUGUCAUUGACGCAUUCCGCCUAAUCAACCCGCAGCUUUUGAUGAUGGGACAGGAACCCCGCCAAAGCACCAGUAAUUUAGGCCACCUGAACAAGCCCUCAAUCCAGGCUCUCAUUCACGGCCUCAACCGCCACUACUACUCAAUCGGUAUCAACUACCGAAAGACGGCCCUCGAGGAGAACAUGCUCAUGAACCUCCACAAACACGUGUGGACCGAGGCGCUGGAGAUGAACGACUUCCAUUCAGAAGGCGACAAGAACAAGGAGCGGCUGCAGCGCCUGGUCAGCCUAGCCGAUGGCUACGAGAAGAGGGUCAAGGAGGAGACAGAGUUGACGAAGGAACAGCUCAAGACGCGUUAUGUCGGCAAACUAGACCCCAAGAAGCACUUGGAGGAUGUCGGGCAGGAAUUGAUCGAAGACAAUAUUGUUGCGGUUUCUAGACAAAUGAUUGACAAGGAGGCUACUAUGCCCAAGAAGGAAGGACAGGCGGGACACUCUAAUGGGGAUCAAAUGGUUACUGAGGAGGAGUUGUAA